GGGGAUUAUCCACCGAGGCAGCGGACAUUGAUCAUCCCCACCAGUAAGCCGCUAGCCAUGCCCAGUGACAUGCAGCAGAUCCUCUUUGCCACGGAAGGCAUCAAGUACAUCCGGGAGGUCAUACUGAUGUUCCGUGAAGUACCCAAUGCAACCACUGCACUGCUCGACAUGCUGCUGCAUUGCUGCUACUGCAACGACACGUUCACCUUGUCCGUCAUGAUGAUGAUCCACGGUCAGGUGUCCUCGGCGCCCACCAAUGAGCUGAAGCACAUCUUGAUUCUCCUCCUGGAGCUGUUGAUGAUGGAGGACCCCCUGCAGGGCAAGCGCCUCAAGCUAGCCGUGGAAGGCAACAACAACAAUGGCCUCUUGGAGAUCAUCCGUAAAUGUACGUCCACGGACAGCCGUCGGUCCUACCAGUGCAUCAAAUUCCUGGUCCAUCUGUCCAACAAAUGCUCCAUGGCCAAAGAGUAUCUGAUGACCAUCUCGGUCCGGUGGCAGUGGGCGGUCAAUUGGCUCAAGAAAAAGAUGAGUGAGCACUACUGGACACCUCAGAACGUCUCCAACGAAUCGAGCACGGGACGGUCCUUCCAACGCACCAUGAGUGCUCAGGACACGCUGGCCGAAGCCACCGCGCUGCUGGACGAGCUCAACACCCGUGACGACGACGGUGAACACAUCGAGAACGACGAAGAGGAGGAGGAGUACGUCGAGGGGGACUCCAACACCAAGAUGGAGGUCAACGGGUCGUCAGAGGGGUCAGAGGUCAACGGGAAUGAAGACAGCUCAGAGUCUUCCAAGACGCUGGUUCAGGACGACGUGGGCGACUUGGACGACAUUGAUACAUAACGGCGUUUUUUUUUUCUGUUUCAGAAUUUGUAGCCAAUAGAAGAUGGUUCCUUACUCCUGGGGUCAUAAGUCAGAGGUCAUCACAGGUCAGGUCGUAGGAAACCAAGGGCCAGGUUGCGCCUCUUUUUUUUGCUGACACAUCGUAUUAACCAAUCACAUCACGCACCCUAACAUGAAUAUUUAUCACGCUCUGUGGAUGGAAGACACUUAGGUUUUUGUAGUGUUUUCCCUGCAUUUAACUUAUGCCAACCAACACAAAUAUUUCAUAAAAUUGGACAAGGGUUCAAACCAUCUUGCGAUCCAUGGUUCACUUCACUAUCUACUAGGUCAAUCCUGCUUUACCUAGGCUGGGAGCUCUCAAUUGUUGAAAACAGCCACUUGACUGAAAGGACAACUUGGCACAGAAAGUCUGUUUGCAUAGGGUGUUCAAAGCAGACAAUGAAUGCUUUUAAAAUAACAAUAUUUUUUGCCCAAGCAAGUCAGAAGUUAUAAUAAUUUGCAUGCUUUGUACCUUGAGAAACCUGUAUUUGCUGAGCAGAUAUUUUCCAUGCUUACCAGAUUUCUGUUGGCCACUGUUCCUGUUCCUGUUCAAAUCAUUCACUCUAGUCACUGUAAGCCAUAAUUUUGUGUGUCGCACAAUUUCUUCUAUUUUAAAGAGGUUGUGGAAUGCUCGAAGACAUUUCCGUCAU